AUGAGAAUUUCUAUUUAUGUGAUUCUUGGUACAUACUUCGCAGUAUGCAAAAGCCAAUACGUAUCAAUAAACACAAAGUCAUCGAAACUUAACCCGUGCGAUAACCUCAGCAGUACAUCCUACGUAGAGCGUUUCUUCGACCUCAUUUUCGUUGAGUUCCACAACACCCCUCCAGCUUGCGUUUGCAUACAAAUGUGCGCAGACCAAGCCACUUACUGCUAUCCGAACGGAUGUUUGAGGAGACCAGAGAGGAGAGUCGAGGAUACAAAGUGUUUGGGGGAGACUGUUCGAAGGGUUAAUGUUGAGGUUACGACUAAAUCAGCUACGUUUGCAGUCGAACACAAGGAUGUUGUGGAUGAUUUUAUGGAGGCACCUGCGUUGUCAACGUCAUAUAGAGAGACGAGAAACAGACCAAAAAUUAGUGAUUUUAUACUGCAAUCGAAUCCAUUUAAAGAUCUAGUUUUCAAAUACCAAAGAGUACCUACAUUAAAAAUGAAAUAUAAUCUACCAGAACAAGUCAGGAAUACAAAAUCGGAAAAAAUUAACAACGUAAAAAAUAUCGACAUAUCAAGAACAAGAUGGCCGGCGAAGAAACAUUUGUUGCACGGAAUAUCACCGCUAAAGAGUGUGCACCGUUAUAAGAAAAAUGAUGACACAAAGCAAACUAAGUUUUUUGUAUCUCUAUCAUCUGAAAAUGAACCUACAAACUAUAGCCCAGUAUUUUACAAAAAAUAUUUAACUAAACGCGAUGACUCUAGUAGACCUAACAUCGAUGGUUUAUAUUUAUACCAUACUGAUACUGCAAACUUUACACUGGAAACGUUGAUUGAUGGUUUAAUAGAAAACACUUUGGAUGAUAACAAAAAAGAUAUCGUGUUUACUUUAAAUAUAGAAGAUAAUGAUACAGUUAAGGAGGAACCGUCUACUGAGAUUAGCAUAAACUUUGCUGAUAUAGAUUUUCUGUUAGAGGAAAAUAAUAAUACAGUUAUAAACAACAAAACAACAGUUAAUAUAAUUUCGAUAGACUCUGCAAACGAGAACGCAGAAGUUAACAAAUAUUCGCAUGAGAACAAUGAGACUUAUCAAAAUGCUCCCGAAUUCAUAGCCAAUAUGUCCAAGCAAAUAGACGUUCAGAAUGAGGUAACUUUAAAAUUCAUGGAACGUGUAAUGGGCAGAAAAUCACUUAAUGAAUCAACUACUAAUGUUAGUGUUACAGAGACAGUGUUUGAAAUGGAAAAUGCAACGAAUACACUUACCACAGUACCUAUUACAGAGACUGUGUUUGAAAUGGAAAAUGUAACGAACAUAUCUACCGCAGUACCUAUUAUGGACAAAAGUGUUGCAUCUUUUGGAAACGUAAAUUCAAAUGUUACGCCUGUACCAAUUACACCAGCAUCCGUUUACAGGAAAACAAAGCAGAGAAUAAUGCGGAAACUGAAACGUAGGAAGAUAAAGUGAAACUUAAUUACAUUUUGGACUAAAAUAUUUUGGUUUCGUGUGUUUAAUGAAACACAAACAACUAAAAGCUAAAAUUAAUUAACUAUUUUUUUUGUG